AAUCGAACAGAAAUUUCCGUUCGGUUGUUUUGGUUUGGACAAAUAUCGGUUUCGGUUCGAUUUUGAAUAGAACAAAACCGAAUGCUCACGAAUUUGUAAAUUGUAAGAGUCUAAACGCAGACGAUCCAAAGCGCUUUAAUUUGGGUCCCAUCUCGGUAGAGAAAACAAAACCCUAAUAUUUCGAGUUUUAAUAACUUCGAUCAUCGGAAGUUAAAAGAGUUGAAGAUUGACACAUAAACCGACCUGGAUUCAAAAACAAACUCCAUUGAAAUAGUUCAUUGGAAAUCAUUUGCGGAUUGAAGCCCAUUUGCUGCAAAAUAAGAUUGAACUGAAACUCCUCUGUAGACUCUUUCACAUCAGUUUCAAGAAAACCAAAUGCGGGAAAAGAAUUUCAGAAAACGAAAUCUUGAAGAAGAGGAAAGCGUGGAAUUAGAAGAUGAAGAAGAAAGGAGAUUGACAUUGGAGGAAGUGAAAUUCCUUCAGAAACAAAGGGAGAGAAAGUCAGGGAUCCCUGCAAUUCCAAACAUACAAAAGGUUGGUAUUGUUCCAAAAUCAAGUGAGAAGAAUGAAGGAGAUGGAGAGAAGGAUGAGUUGGUGUUACAAGACACUUUUGCUCAAGAAACCGCUGUUAUGGUUGAAGAUCCAAAUAUGUUGAAGUAUGUUGAACAAGAGUUGGCAAAGAAAAGGGGUAAAAAAAUUGAUGCAACCAAUCAAGCUGAGAAUGAUUUAAAGCGUGCGGAGGAUGAGUUAUACAUUAUUCCAGAUCAUCUUAAAGUGAAAAGAAGGAACUCAGAAGAAAGUUCCACUCAAUGGACUACUGGGAUUGCUGAGGUGCAACUCCCCAUUGAAUACAAGUUGAGAAAUAUUGAAGAAACAGAAGCUGCCAAAAAGCUUCUUCAGGAUAAAAGGCUUGCUGGUCGGACUAAGACCGAGUUGGGCAUCCCUUCAAGUUACAGUGCAGAUUAUUUUCAACGUGGCAAAGACUAUGCAGAAAAACUUAGGAGAGAGCAUCCGGAACUAUACAAGGAUAGAGGUGUGCAGGAUAAUGGCACAGGCUCCAAACCAGCAGAUUCUGCUAGUGCAGACUCAGCAGGGCGGAGGCAAGCUGCUACAGAUGAGUUCAUGCUCGAGCGGUUCCGCAAGCGAGAAAGGCAACGUGUCAUGCGGAGAUAGGAAACGCAAGCCAAUCAUUUAAUUUCCAACCUCUUGUGGUAUUCUGAUGGUUUCUGCAGAUGCUUAUUUCUCUUUACAAGGUAUCCAUGGUUAUGGGAUCAGUUGCUUCCAGUGUAAUUUUGUGUUACUAUAGUAUAAUCUGAAUUGAGGAUGUUAACGGAUGGCAAUUAGAUCAUAUGAUGCAAUUACUCAACAUGAGUGUUGGACAUUUGAGUCUGAUUUAGGCCGCAAAUGUGCACCUGUAUUCUCCAAGCAGCUCUGUAGUUGAAAUUGUUUGAUUAAUCUGGAUGUACCAACUCCAAGUUAUUGAUUAUUGCCACCCAAGAAUUUUUAAAUGAUUAUAAACCUUUGAUUCCGUUUUA